GUUUUCCGCUGUGGUUCUCUUCAAGAUGGCGGCCCCGCUGUCGAGCCCUUAUGGCGGCAGGACGAAAAUAAAAUAAUUCAGAACGAUAGUUAGGCGCCCAGUAGGAGACAGCCGCGGUGUAUUUAUCACUCCCAGAAGAUCCCAGUGGAGGAUGAUCAGUGCCCCGAUUCCAUAUUAAGCUGAAUGCAUUGUGAUUUCCAAUAAUUGAGACAGUGAUUCUGAAAGCUGUCUACAUUAAUGUAAAGAACAAUGUAGUCAGCUUAGCAUAUUCUCUUCUGGUACGUGGCCUAUUCAGGGAUGUGCGUCUGCAUGAAUUCUGUGUUUAAAUAAGAAGGAAGUGUCUCUAUAGGUCAGAUUUUUUUUUGAGCAUAAACUAUCACUUAGUAGUAUAUGUUUUAGUUGCUAACAACGAGGAAAUGGAGAUAGAUGAUGUUCUACCCCCUCUCCCCUUGGAGCCACCUGACGAUUUUGGCCAAGAUGAGGGCAGAGCACCUCCACCACCUCCCCUGCAAACGUCCAGUGACGCAGAGGUAAUGGACGUUAGCUCUGGUGGUGAUGGAUACACAGACACCCCAGGGGACGGGGAAGCCAAGCCACAGCAGCCCCUCAGCAAGGGCUCACUCACUUUCUGUAGCCACCUCUCAGACGAGGCCAGUCCCAAUACGCGUUGCCCACGAACCGCCCGACACGCUCCCCCGGUUACCAAGUUUCUGCCAGACCUAAAGCUGCUCAGAGAUGUUAAGAUCAGAGUGAGUUUCACUGAAAGCAGCAACAGUAAAGACCGCAAGGUUCUGUACACAGGUGAAGGUCAGGAGGGAGGAAGUGAUGAUGGCUUAGAUGGCCUGAAUGGUGAGUUGCAUGACUCAACAAGUGAUCAGGAGGUAGCUGAGGGUAGCUCUGGUGCAAGAGAUGUAGGCCAAAGGUCAGAGGAACCUGAAGCAGACCUAGAAAACAAGGUAGAGUUUGCCGUCCUAGACGAGUUGGAUGACUACUACGAGAACUUCCUGGAUGAUGACAACGGCGAGCAUGGAGGCUUUAAGUCAGAGGUUAUAGUUCAGCAGGAGCAAGAAGCAGAUGACGACACUGUGACUUACUCCUAUGAGGAGGAAUUUGACAAUGAUGUCGACGCUCUGCUGGAGGAGGGUAUGCCGGUCCCAAAAAAGAUGCGCCUGUCUGAGGACAAAUACGGUGGGGAGAGUGAUCAUCAGUCAGAUGGUGAAGGAGGUGUUCAGCCUAUGAUGACCAAAAUUAAGACUGUCCUGAAGAGUCGGGGCCGUCCACCUACUGAGCCUCUACCCGAUGGAUGGAUCAUGACAUUCCAUAACUCAGGCAUUCCGGUCUACCUGCACAGAGAAACCAGAGUGGUCACCUGGUCCAGACCCUACUUUCUUGGCACUGGAAGUAUUAGGAAACACGACCCUCCCACAAGCAGCAUCCCUUGCUUGCAUUACAAGAAAAUGAAGGAAAAGGAGCUGAACGGGGAGGCGAAACCUACUGCAGAGGACUCUCCAGUCAAGCCCACUGUGGAGGCUAAUGGUGAAGAUGGAGCAUCACAGUGUGCUGCUCCAGCAGAGGAGGAGCAUGAAGAUGUCACUCCCUCCGUUCUGACUGACGGUGGUCCAGAUGCAGAGGGUAGCACGGACAACAGCCCGCCAGUUAAAGAGCCCCAUCCUUGUGAAUUUGCCCAUGGAGCCUUGGGACAAGUCAAGGCCAAGGUGGAGGUGUGCAAGGAUGAGUCAGUUGACCUGGAAGAGUUUCGCCUGUACCUGGAAAAGUGCUUUGACUUUGAACAAGUGACCGUCAAGAAGUUCCGUACCUGGGCUGAGCGACGGCAGUUCAACAGAGACAUGAAGAGGAAGCAGGCGGAGUCGGAGAGACCGAUCCUGCCAGCCAACCAGAAACUCAUCACACUGUCCGUACAAGAUGCACCCACUAAGAAAGAAUUUGUCAUCAACCCCAAUGGAAAAUCUGAAGUUUGUAUCUUGCACGAAUAUAUGCAACGUGUCCUUAAGGUUCGACCUGUUUACAACUUUUUUGAAUGUGAGAACCCAAGUGAACCCUUUGGAGCGUCGGUCAUCAUAGACGGGGUGACUUACGGCACAGGGACUGCAAGCAGUAAAAAACUUGCCAAGAAUAAAGCUGCUCGAGCCACACUGGAAAUCCUUAUCCCUGACUUUGUGAAGCAGACCUCAGAGGAGAAGCCAAUGGAGGGUGAUGAACUGGAGUAUUUUAAUCAUAUCAAUAUAGAAGACUCGAGGGUUUAUGAGCUGACCAACAAAGCAGGACUACUUUCGCCAUAUCAGAUUCUUCAUGAGUGCCUUAAAAGAAACCAUGGAAUGGGAGACACAAGCAUUAAAUUUGAGGUGAUCCCAGGGAAAAACCAGAAGAGUGAAUAUGUGAUGACAUGUGGGAAACACACUGUGCGUGGCUGGUGCAAGAACAAGAGGGUUGGCAAGCAACUAGCGUCUCAGAAGAUCUUGCAGAUGCUUCAUCCCCACGUGAAGAACUGGGGCUCACUGCUGCGCAUGUACGGCCGAGAGAGCAAUAAGAUGGUCAAGAAGGAGAACUCCGACAAGAGCGUGAUUGAGCUGCAGCAGUACGCCAAAAAGAACAAGCCAAACCUGCACAUCUUGAACAAACUGCAAGAAGAAAUGAGGAAACUGGCCAAACACAGGGAGGAAACCAGGAAGAAGCCUAAGAUGACCAUCAUGGAGUCUGCGCAGCCAGGGAGCGAACCUCUCUGCACUGUGGACGUCUGAAGUCACUGAACCACGACACUGAAGCCCCAUCACUGUCAGACUUGUAUUACACACCAACCGUCACUCAAUUAUGCAUCACUGAGAUCUAAUGGCAAUAUAGCUCCACACAGACCCGGCUGAUGAACCGCUUGCUUCCUGCCUUCACUCACUCACUCACUCACUCACUCACACGGAUCAGCUGGUAGAUACAAGAGUAGGACUCAAUGCACUAACAGACCGUAGAGCAAAUACCAUCUACCUCUUUAGAUGCACCGUUAACUAUAGCACUAGGCAAAGAACUCAGCCCGGGUGCAGAGAAGUUAACAUGACUUGACAACACAUGAACCACAUGGAAAUCAAACUGCAUGCUUCUUUUUGACUGCAAAAACAAAAACAGAAACACACUGCUCUGUAGGUUUUGUUUUGAAGUGUCACGUGUUUUAACAGUCAGUACGGGCAUCCGUUGAUGUUCACGCUUCAAAUAUUUGAAAGGGACUAUUAAUACUUGUGUAUUUAUACCGUUCAUUUAAUUGGGAGACAACGUUACGUGUUUAUACAGUCUUUUAAAUGGUAGCUGUGGAUAUUUUGGGUGGAAUUGAAUACAAAAUAUGCUGUUUUGAAACAGUUGCUGUCUUGGUUUGCACACAUUUUAAGAAAAAAAACAAACAAAACUGUCGCUUCUCAGAGCUUCUGUCAUGCACUCGUGUCCUGUCGGAUAUUUUUGUUGACUGAUGACGCUGUUGGUACAGACAUAACUGAUGUCGGAUUGUUUGGGGGAUGAUGAUUGCUUGUAUCUGUUGCCUUUUCUUCUUACUUUGUUUCACUUUGGCAACCACAAACUGACGUCCUGCCCCUCAUGCUGACGCUGCAGAGCACAGAGCCACAGAGUAUUGUAAGCGUAGAAGAUGGAUUUUUCUUUGAUGCGCUUAGGUCAGCCUUCCAGUCUCGUACUAAAACCACGCAAACAGUUUCACCUCUUAAAAAGAAAAACACUUGGCUACACGUCGCCGCCUUAGUUAAUCCAUUUCAUGAAGGGCUCAGAGUUUAUACAUCGGACCUAAAACGCCCUUCAACAGGGAGGGGAAAGACCAAGCCCCCUUUUUUUUCUUUCUUUGAAGCAUUUAUUGUUUAGCCAGUAAAACGGAACAAUUGGGGGGGAAACUUGCAGAUGGACUGUGUGCGUUUUCUGUGUCCGUUUAUUUCACAAGCCUUGCAAGAUGUAAUUGGCACACUGACGUGACGGAAAUGUGACGAAGUCGUCGAGUCCAACACAAGCUGGUGAAACUCUGUAUACCAAAGCUUACAUGCAGUCUUAUGCAUUUUAUAGACUACACUUAACCUCGCUGCACAACUGUACAGUAGACACAUUUCUAAUACAGGACGACGACGAAGAUGCAUAAACGCUGGCACAAAAUGGAAACUGCUGUGCAAAUGUCCGCUUUUGAUUUUCUACACAACAUACUAGGACACAUGAGUUUAAGACGAGGCUGUCGCGAUGUAUUGUAGCUUGCUUUAAGAAUGUGCUUCCCCCGCCGCGUGUGUAGUCUCGCUAAGUACGUGUAUGUCGGCGUGAGAAGUCGGAGAGUAAAAUACUGCUUUUAUGUGUUGCUGUUGAGUCGUACCAAUGAAAUGUUUUUGAGAUGUUGCCUAGAAAAUGAAGUAUGUAUUGCAACCUGAGCUCCAUGACUACAGUGAUAUUUGUUAUGCAAAAAUAAAAGAUCUUGACUAAUGA